CUGGAAGGGAAGGGGCCCAGAGAAGGGAGUAUGUGUACAGGGGGGAAAGAGCUACAUGCAGGCCCUACCCACCUAGCCCCCUCUCCUUGCUGGAACAGAGUGAGCUGGGGAAGCAGCUGCCAUCAGACCCAAACUGGAUGCUCAAGUCUGCCUAGGGGCCCCCUCUGCCACUAGCCCCCCUCCCCUCAGUCAAUUCUCCAGACCCUCCCUUCUCCCCUCCCACCUUCCUUUCCCUUCCCCUCCCUCUAUCCCUUGCUCCCGCCUGGGGCGGUGUCAGCAGCAGUGGAGAAAGUUUGUCGUGGCAGCCUAAAAGGCCUGACUCCAGGGAGUUAGGGGGUUGAAGGGAGGAAUCAGGACUGCUUCAGGGCAGAGCUGAGGGCCACAGAGAUGCAGGACAGAUUGCACAUCCUGGAAGACCUGAACAUGCUGUAUAUCCGGCAGAUGGCGCUCAGCCUGGAGGAUACAGAGCUGCAGCGGAAGCUAGACCAUGAGAUCCGGAUGAGAGAAGGAGCCUGCAAGCUGCUGGCUGCCUGCUCCCAACGGGAACAAGCCCUAGAGGCCACCAAGAGCUUGCUGGUCUGCAGCAGCCGCAUCCUCAGCUACAUGGGGGAACUGCAGCAUCGAAAGGAAGCACAGGUGCUGGGGAGGACAGCAAGGCGGCCUUCAGACACUGGGCCCCCUGAUGAACGCUCCCCAUGUCGAGGCACAAUUUGUAUCUCUGAUAUCCGAAUCCCCCUCAUGUGGAAGGACACAGAAUAUUUCAAGAACAAGGGAGACCUACAUCGAUGGGCCGUAUUCCUGCUGCUGCAACUGGGAGGGAACAUUCAGGACACAGAGAUGGUCCUGGUAGACAGGACCUUAACAGACAUCUCCUUUCAGAGCAGUGUUCUUUUUACUGAGGCAGGACCAGACUUUGAGCUGCGGUUGGAGCUGUAUGGGGCCUGUGUAGAAGAGGAGGGAGCACUGGCUGGAGCCCCCCGGAGACUGGCCAGCAAGCUCAGUAAUUCUCUGGGCCGAUCCUCAGGAAGGCGUGUUCGGGCUUCACUGGAGAGUGCUGGAGGCUCUGGAGGUAGCAGUGCGGCCAGCCCCAUCCUGCUCCCCACUCCAGCUGUGGGGGGUCCCCGAUACCACCUCCUGGCCCAGACCGUCCUGACUCUGGCUUCAGUACAGGAUGGCUUCCGCACCCAUGACCUCACCCUCACUAGUAAUGAGGAAAGCCCAGCCUGGCUACCCCUCUACGGCAGCGUGUGUUGUCGUCUGGCAGCUCAGCCCCUCUGCAUGACCCAGCCUGUCAUGAGUGGUACCCUCAGGGUACAGAGCUGGGGCCAGGUACAUGGCAUCCUGAAAGGAACAAACCUUUUCUGUUAUCGACAUCCUGGGGAAGCCAACGCUCAGGAAGAUCCAUUGUUCACCAUUGCAAUCAACAAGGAGACUCGGGUCCGGGCUGGGGAGCGGGACCAGACCCUGGGGGCACCCCUCACCCUCAGCAUCAGUAACCAGUAUGGGGGGGAUGAAGUGACCCAUACAUUGCAGAUGGAAAGCCGGGGGGCCCUACAGCGAUGGAUGGAGGCCCUGUGGCAGCUUUUCUUUGACAUGAGCCAAUGGAAGCAAUGCUGUGAUGAACUCAUGAAGAUAGAAGUCCCUCCUCCACGAAAGCCACCCCCUGCACUGGCCAAGCAAGGCUCGCUCUACCAUGAGAUGGCUAUUGAACCUCUAGAUGACAUCGCAGCAGUGACGGACAUCCUGGCCAAGCGGGAGGGGCCUCCCCUGGAUGUCCCCCCACACUGGCUGGCAUUAUUUACAGAGAAGCUGCCCACCUCAAAGCUCCCAAUCCACGCACCCCGAAGCCCCUCUCCACCCCGGGCCUGCCCAGGCCCCCGAGCCACUCCCUGGGGCCGGCCCCGUACCCUCUCCCUGGAUGCUGCUCCCCGAGGCCGGCCUCCUCUUCCUCCCCGCUCCAGCUCUAGUUCCAGCUCGGGCUCUGGAAGCCCUGCCCCCCGACAACGGUCCCCACCAGCCCAGGGUUUCCGGGCAAAAGCCCGGCCCUGGCUCCAGUCACCUGUGUGAGGCAUUGUAGGAGGGGGUGCUACUGAAACAGGGUAAUGCUGGAAGAGGAAAUGCCUUCUGAUGUCACUCAAGGGAGUGAUAUCAGGGCAGGGUCAGUGGUGCCACUGAUGAGGGUCUUGGGAUGGCCACCUUGAUGCCUGGCUCUGCUGUGGUUUUGGUGGGAGUGCAAACCCCUCCCUAACUGUGGGGCCACCACAAGGGGACCUUGUCCACAGCUGGCUGGUGGACCCCGGCCACUUCCUGAGAGAAAACUGGAACACUCCCAGCCCAACUGCACUAUCCCCACCUUGGGCAAAAGUGAGGCAGGCAGCCCUUGAGGUUCUGGGAGGAGGGAGUUGUAACUGCAGAAAGGGCGCCUGCACCCAUCGCUCGCCCCAACUCGGUCAAUUAAAGUCUAUUUAACAUCGUGGA